AUGGUCACUGUCAACGGCAUGCAAUAUCUAGUCGAGUGCGGUGCCGACUACCAGGGUGGCGAUAUUCCGGGCCCAAUGAGCCCGACCUACCCCAGCUCCUACGAGGGCUGCUUGGCAGACUGUUCUACCACUUCAGGCUGUGUCGCUGCCAGCUACAUUAUUAACGGUCCUUGCUACCUGAAGAGCGCAGCCAACGCUGCUGGUUCGAACAGCAACAUUAUUGGUGGAAGACUGGUCCGCAGCAUCUCAACUAAGUCGGCAACUAGUGCUUCUUCGGCGGCACCUGCCUCUUCCUCUGCGGCCGCAUCCUCGAUGACACCUGCCUCUUCGUCUGCUGUCGCUUCUUCGUCUGCGGCCGCACCCUCGGCGGCACCUGCCUCCUCGUCCAUGGCUGCUUCCUCAUCCGCGGCAGCCUCCUCGCCUGUGUCUACCUCAUCCCGUGUUUCCUCUUCUGUCUCCUCUUCUUCUUCGGCAGUAGCAGCAAGCUCAGCUCCAGUCACUUCAGCUGCGCCCGCUCCCGGACCCUCUACCGUUACUGUCACUACGACCAUCUCCAACACAGCAUACCAGUGCGCAUGCACACCUGCUAGCGUCUUCGCUGCACCAUCAAGCACCCUUGCUGCAUCAUCGAGUGCUCCUGCUGCAUCAUCGAGUGCUCCUGCUGCAUCAUCGAGUGCUCCUGCUGCAUCAUCGAGCGCUCCUGCUGCGAGCCCAACAGGCGCUACUAGCUGCCCUGGUUCCAAUGGCUCCAUGGUCACAACGUCAUGUGGCGCAGUAUAUGCUGUCGAGUGCAGCUCUGACCGCUUCGGCAAUGACCUUGAAAACGGUCUCGUGUACACCGACACUUACGAGCAAUGUCUCCAAGCCUGUGACAACACUACUGGCUGUGUCAAUGUUUCCUGGGUCAUUGGCAAGCCUGGUGCUUGCUACAUGAAGGGAAGCAUCGGUGACGUCCGCGUUAACUCGAACAUCAUUGGAGGACGCAAGCUCUCCGGCUGCUCCACCUUCAAGCUUCACCGCAAGCGCGUCGCGUUUGCCGCUCCCAAGGUGAAGCUGAACAAGCGUGCCGCGGUUGACGACUCCAAGGCGAAGUUGGAGAAGCGUGCUGGCUUCUUCGGUCCUGACUUCACAUUCACUCAGGCUCAAGUCACUGCGACUUCGACGGCCACAGCCAGGACUACCGUUACCAUGUAA